UCAUUCGUUGUUCUUCUCCCAUCAGUCACUAUGUCUGUUUUGUGUUAUAAUAAGGGAUGUGGACAACGAUUUGAUCCAGAAAAUAACCCAGCCGAAUGGUCCACCUCUAUCCUCAAGUAAUCUAACAUUGUGUACACCCCCUGUGUAGGAGUCCAGUCUGAUUUCCAUUUUAAUGGGAUGCUUCUUUUCUCAUAACGAUGGCUGCACCUAUCAUCCAGGAGUCCCAGUAUUCCACGAUGCCUUGAAGGGAUGGUCUUGCUGCAAGAGAAGAACUACUGACUUCUCAGACUUCCUCAGCAUUGUUGGCUGUACAAAAGGUCCCCACAACAAAGAGAAGCCCCCUGAGCCGGUGAAACCAGAUGUGACAUCUUCAGGAGAAAAGAAGGAGUUAGAGGACCAAAAGCCAAAGUUUAAUGAGUACAUCAUCUCUGCACCGAAACCUCAGGAGGCGAUAUGCAGACCAAGUCCUGAUGAGCCAGCGGUGAGAUUGCAGCAUAAAGUCUCUGCAUCUCUGAAGCAGGCGCUGGAGAAACUUAAACUAACUGAAAAUGCUGAAGAGACAAAAGAGGAAGAAAGUGACGAGAUCAAAAUUGGAACGUCCUGUAAAAACGGAGGCUGUACUAAAAGUUUUGAAGGACCUGCAAGUGAUUCGGAUGUGUGCCUAUACCAUGCUGGAUUUCCCAUCUUUCACGAAGGGAUGAAAUACUGGAGCUGCUGUAAAAGGAAAACCUCAGACUUUAAUACCUUCCUCUCUCAAGAGGGCUGUACAAAGGGAACACAUCUAUGGAGGAAAAAAGAUGCGGGUAAGAAGGUGGUCCCGUGUCGGUUUGACUGGCACCAGACUGGGACGCAGGUCAUCAUUUCUAUCUAUGCCAAGAAUGCAGUCCCAGAGCUAAGCUAUGUGGAUGCCAACAGCACUACGCUCGACAUACACAUUAUAUUUGAUGGAGAGAAGGAAUUUGAGCAGAAAAUCAGCCUUUGGGGAGUGAUAGACGUGAGUAAAAGUUUGGUGAACAUGAUGGCGGCCAAGAUCGAGGUAGCCAUGAAGAAGUCCGAGGCGAUGUCCUGGGCCCGUCUGGACCUUCCUCCUCCUCCUGCUCCACCCAAGGAGAGCGAGAAGCAAAAAUCUGACAGUGAGGACGAGGAUGAAGAUGAAGAUGACUGAUAAGAUUGAAAAUAAAGACACGGUGUGUAUGUUUAACUGAACCCAAGGUCACAUGCCUCACAGUUAAUUCGUUACCUCUUUAACUUUAGCCUUUCUUUGACAACAUCAGUGUUUUUGUUUUUCAAAUUAAAGAACUUGAUUUUUCUCCCUCCCUCCCUUGUGGGGGUUUUUUUUUCCGGGGGGGGGGUCAACUUGUAGUAACAGAAUCUUUUGUUAUUAUAAUUUUUUUUUCCACAGUGAUUUAAAAACUGAGUUUCAGCAGGCUUCCAGUCAAGUCCCAGCUAAAUUGCACUGAAGUCCCUGGAAAAUUACAUCAUGCCUUAAAAUAAGUUGUCCGUUUUAAUUCUGCUCACUUUCACACCCAUGCAGACCCAUGUCACACUAAUGGACCGUGGCUGUGACCAGAUCUCAUAUUUUCAGGAAUAAAAUCAUUUUUGUUUUUCAUAAAUUUAAUACAUCAGACCAAAAAGCUGCCCCGGAUUGUCUUGAUUUGUCCGCUUACAUCAAUAUGUUAUCCAAACUUUUGUUUUAUGAAAUGUAUUCUGAAUCAAUUGUGAGACGAGAACUAUCACAGCUGAAUUAUCUUGAGAUAUACUUUGGAGAUGCACUCUAACUAUCCAUACUUUUCUCAGUAAAAAUUGUAAAUUUGCUCCAAAUUAUGUUUUUUACUUCACUACACUCAAUGUAAAUUUUGUACAAGUUUUGCUUUCAGAUACUGUAUUUAUCUUAUUUCUUGUCAAAACAAAGUAGUCUGGUUUUAAUGAGGAUGUACUGUAAUGCCAAUUAAAUACAAAGUAUUUUAAGCAAAAUAUUGUAUCAUAAAAUGCUAUGCUAGAAAGCAUGUGUCUAGGCUUAGAUUGUAUGAAGUGUUAUUUGGCAAAAGGAGAAGCAAUGGAAAAGUAAAGUUCUAGGAAAGGGAACCAGUUUGUCUGACCAAAAAAUAAAUAAACUUCUGAGAUUAAAUUUUAAAA